GAUUUUUAAAGGCCGCGACAUUUUGUGUCAGACAGCGGUUUUAUUCAUAUGAGCAUGUCUACAUUUUAGUAGUCAUGAUCAAGUUAUGAUCAUCCGUAUAAGAAAGCCGUUUCAUUUAUAUUUUCUCAACAUUUUGUGGAAUGAUGGUCAGCAAAUAAAAAUUAAAUUAAAUUAUGAUCGUGAUUGGAAUCGAAUGGAAGCCAAAAUUAUGAAAAUGAGACGAAGCUUCCGAGAAACUCGUGUUAGUGUAAUGGCAGCGCUGUAACUUCCUUUUGUAACCAUGGCUCCUAAGGCUAAGGCAGGAGGCAAGAAGAAGGUGGCCCCAGCCAAGAAGGCUGAGGCCCCAGCUGCUGAGGCUGCCCCCUCAGCCGAGGCACCCAAACCCGCUGAGCAGCCCAAGAAGUCUGCACCCCAGAAAUCAGCGAACAAGAAUGCCAAGAAGGGAGCAGUCAAGAAGGCUCUCUCUGCACAGAAGAGGAUUGUCAAGGGACCCAAUGGCACCCGGGUGAGGAAGAUCAGGACCUCCGUCAAGUGGAGGAAGCCCAAGACACUCAAGAUGCCCAAGAACCCCAAGUACCCGCAGCGCUCUGUGCCCAGGAGGAACAGGAUGGACGCCCACGCCGUCAUCAAGCACCCGAUGACCACCGAGGCGUCGAUGAAGAAGAUCGAGGACAACAACACGCUCGUGUUCCUCACCCACCUGCGCGCCACCAAGCGGCAGAUCCGGUCGGCCGUCAAGAAGCUGUACUCGAUCGAAGUGGCCAAGGUGAACACCCUGAUCCGGCCCGAUGGACAGAAGAAGGCCUACGUCCGUCUGGCCUCCGACUAUGACGCGCUCGAUGUGGCCAACAAGAUCGGUAUCAUAUAAACGGCGCACGCGAAUACACGGACGGUCGCGA